GUGAUGGAAAGCCCUCGUGUUGGUACCAUACAUCAUCACCUGGCCUUGGAAAACCUUCAGGCUCUCUUCAGCAUCCCUCCUCCUCUCUGCAGUUGUUAAACUGAUUUGUAUGUGAUUACAAGGAGUGUGUGAAUGUGAGAGGACGUUUGAAAACUCAGAUAAUGACUUUUGCUUAAAGCAGAAGCUGUGAUUGAGAGCGUAUCUGCUCUAAUUACUGGGCUCCUUCUUGCUGCAGGCAGGGCUGGGUUUAUGUCAGAGGAAUGCACAGAGAAGAAGGCCUGUUCAUUUUUUGUCUUGCAGUUGUUUAUGCGUCCUUGGACUCAACUGUGCUUGAAGUCCAAGCCCUGUGCUCUCUCUUACAGCUGGCUUCGCUUCAGAACUGACCUCAGACCAGGGAUUCAAGCGCUUAAUGCAAGAAAAAUAAUCACGUAUGAAGUCUGAGUGAAUUCUGUGGAUGAAAAAUCAAACUAGACCUCUGCAUAGGAGACGUCUAGGCUAAUACACAUUUAGACGGGCACGAAUCAGCGGGUGCGCGCUCACAAUCAACAAAGGAAAUUCCUUGGCAGCUGGAAUAGGUGCCUGGAGACUCGCGCACUUCCUCUCCACCCAGAGUAAGGAUUUUAAAAAUUCUUCCCUCAAUUUUCCACCCAAAUUCAAGGAUAGAAUUACGCCCCUCCCACGCGGGGGGCGGAGCUACGUGGGCCGCUCCACCAAUAGGAACGCUUCACAGGUCAGUUCUUCUAAAAGGUGGUCGACUGUCUCCAUAGCAACGCAGCGAGCUUUCCACAGCCACAGGUCGUUGUUUACUUUUACAGUUUGGUCCUUCAGUAACGCGAGUGAAGUGAACGAGAGCCAGUCCGGUUUAACUCGACAAAUUUGAAGUGUAGCACACUUGAGCUGGCCAAAAACAGCUGGAGGAAGAGAGGGAGAAAGUGGGGGCAGAUUCGGGACGCUCAGAACCGAAAGCAAAGCAGAAACUAGAGCGAGAUGGGAUUUGAGUGGCCGCUUAUGUUUGUGCUGACUCUUUGUAACAGAAUAUGAUUUUAUAAAUCCUAAAAUGAGUUUGUAAGGGCGCAUGUGGCUUCUGUGGAAUACAGACAGCAGAAGGACGAAGGGAGCUUUGAAAGCAGGAUAGUGCUGUUAAGCCGAAAGCUAAAAGGGAGAUCAUGUGUCACCAAGCCCUGUAUUAUUCUCAGAACAGCCACCACAAUGCUCCACUGACUCUCUGUUUCAACCAUGGAGGAUGCAGUGACCUCUGAGGAUGCUGAACCCCUGCCUGUCGCCUCCCAAAACACUGACAUCCACCUCAGGGAGCCGGAGGAUGAGUGUCCUUCCAGCGCCAGCCUGGAGCCCAGCUCCCCGUCCUCGCCGCUCAGUCAGCAAACUCAAGGCUCUGCUGUAUCGGCGCUGCAGUCCAAGGUCAAGGCUCUCCCUGAACGCACAGUUGUUUGGAAAGAACCUGGAAGUAAGAACCAGGACAAACGUGUGGUUCCUGGGUCCUUCAUACUGGGAUAUGCCUACACGGACGCUUGGGGCUCCAGCAGCAGCGAUGAAGACGGGGAACCUCGCAAACCCCUGAUGUUCCUUUCAGGAGACCACAAUCCUCAGGUAGAACUUGACUAUGAUUCCGUCUCUUCCGAAGCUUUGCUGGCAGUUCCACGCAGCCUUGGAGAAGGAGCAAGCCUGGAGAACCUCUCGAGCGAUGCUCGCGCUGCUCAAGACAAUGCUUCUCCAUCUAAUAAACCAUGGAUGCCACCGAAGUGUUUCUGGAGGUCUAUCAGACCGGAGAUGCAGGUUCUAAAUGGGAACGUUCCUGUGGGGAAAGAUGGACCAAAUGGAAGAACCUUUGGCCACAAAAUAGGCAACAAGUUUUCAAGGGAAGUGCAAAGGUCUGAUAGUCUGGAGAGUCACCUACGCAGGUAUAAUCCCGGUGAGGUGGGACAGUGUGGACUCUGGCGGGCUGACAGCUUGGAGAGCAUGAGCAGCAGUGGAAGCUCGCUGUCCCUCGCAGAGAGGGUUGAGAUGAACCGCGGCCUUCUCAAACAGAUGCUGCAGAACACCCAGAACAAAGACCAUGUGCCAGGACAGAGGAUAGAGGACCCAACCCACGCUGGUGGAAGAGGUAUCUGUGGCCUGAAUGACAGUGAUUGGGAUUCUGGGAUUUCGCUCCAAGGUAGUGAACACAGCCAAAGGGCCUUUGUGUUGGGCGACAACCUUCCGCUGAGCCCUCGCCACGAGCAGGCCAAACGACUGCUGGAAAGAGCGCGUAUGAAGGCCCGGUCCAACCCUCUCAAAGCCGACCACACCAUCCUACCCGUCCAGAGGGACAACCUGGAGCUGUUGUCCUGGGUUGGUGUACCCUUACACCAGGCUCCUCUUGCGGGGAAGGAAGGCGCGGCGGUGGUCUCUGGAAACCUUAGCGACUCAUCUAGCGGUGACUCGGCAGGAGGAACCCGGCGGAGACACGGCCAGUCCCCUACCCGUGUGCGUUUCGAAGACGAAUCGGAGAAAGAUGCUGAGGUGCGCUAUCUGGAGCGGCUACGCCAGCGGCGCAGGGCUGGAGAAAGAGCGCAGGGGCUGCUGGUGUCCAAACCCACCUUGUCGUCUUACAUCAAUGGACAGGCAGAGACAGGACAUGGCUCGAGUGAUUCAAUAUUCUGGAAGACAAAAGCCAAGAAGAGUUUGUUCAAUUGCAAAGGUCCUGAGACAGCAAACAGGCAGUGCAACUCUUGUGGGACCUUUCUAAAUGACGCCCAUGGGCCUUGCUUGAACUCAAAUACUCUGCCCUUACCAAAUGGGGAAGUCGAAGGGAAGAAGAUACCAUGUUGGGUCGCUCCCACCCUUCCCAACCGGCUUGUCCGAAUCGAAAAGAUAAAGGAGACAUACAUUGGGAAGAGUCCUACUAUUGUCCACAGCGACGGAACGCACUGCAGUCCUGUGGAAAACAUGAGCAGUAGGGGGACAUUCCAGAAGCUAAAGAAGAAGGUCCGGAAACAAGAGAGCAAGCAGGAACCCUUGUACGUCAACGGCCUUCGGGUUCCAACACCUCCAGACUGCAACAAUGGAACUCAAAUGUGUCUCUCGAAUGGACUAGCAUUGCCACUCAACCCCUAUGCCACGGAUCCACUCGGACAGAGAAUCCCAGCCACAUGCACCCCUACAUCCAGUAAGGGACAUGUGGCACCUCCACUGCCCCCCAAAGAAGAACCAUUCAGCUCCCACCUUCCUCAGCCAACCCCUCCGCCUCUCCAUCCGAAAAAAUCAGCCCUGAAAUCCAGCUCAAAGAACCGCUGCAAUGGUCAGCGGACCGCCAUGCUCAAGUCUUUGCCAGAGAACCAGCUGGACUCCACGGAGGCGGGGGGCGCUGUGGAGAGCUGUCCCCAGGAACAGGCUUCCUCUGGAGCGGGUUAUUGUGAGGACAGAUCUGUGAUGAUCAUCUCUGGUCCCAAACUCAGGAUGAGCCCAGUUCUGUGUGCUCGAAACUCACCCAUACAAGGGGAAGAAAGGCUAACAGAUGUGGACCAGCACCAGAGUAGAGGACAGCUGGGAUCUGAUGCAACAUCCAGCAGUGCUGAAUCAACCCAGACUGGUCUCAGUGACGGACACGUAAGAGGGCCAAUCAGACCAGUGCAUCACAGGGCAACUAGUCCAAAUGUUUCACAAGCAGGGACGGAUGCAGAGCAGCGAGAGGGUCGACCCAAACUCUCCUUGCGGCGGUUCUUCUCUGCCAUGGGGCUGAACAGUGUGGGGUUGCUGGGAAGAGGACGAUCCAGCAGCAUGGAUCAGCUCAGCUUGCACCCCAAACCCAACUCAGACCCAAACCAAAACGCUCGGCCAACCUCCCCCAGCCCCACCCACAGACACCACCACCAGCUGAAGAAAGCCCCCUCACUACAGACUAUACGUCUGGGGUCUCCGUUUCUCCAGAUGAGGAGAUCUUCAUCGGCUCAAAACCUCCAAAUCCUCAGAAAGAAAACGGACCGUUCCUCUGCAUACACUCCAGGAGAACAGCCCUGUAGUCCUGUAAUAACUAGGGGUCUUCAGCGUGCCUUGAGUGUAGAGGACGUGGGGCGGCCCAGUGCGGUGCGUCCGGUGGGACGGGUGGCUCAAGCCUUCCCUGAUGGCACUAUCCUGCUGGAGCUCUCCAGACCCCCCAGCGGCCCCUUCGGCUUUCUCAUCUCCCGAGGAAAAGGCAGGCCAGACUCAGGGGUGUAUGUUGAAGAAAUGGGCGACAGCAAUAUGGAGAAACUCUACGCGGGGCUGCUCGGGGUCGGGGACGAGAUAUUAGAGGUGAACGGUGAGAAGGUGGCUGGACUCAGUCUGGACCUGGUGACACGUUUAAUGACCCAAAACAGCACAGCUUCAAUCCGCGUACUACGACAUAGACGCUUACAGCGCUAACUGAAGUCAAGACUGUACCAAAACCACGUUUUGUUCCAGUCAACAUGAAGAGAACUGUAAAAAAGCAUCAGAAAUGAUCAGGGAUGAGUUAGUGAAAACGGCAGUAUUACGUUGACCUUUGGAGUUUUAUCACAAUGAUCACAAAACACGGUCCCUAUUAAAGGGAUAGUAUUUCGUUCCAAGCCAUUUUCUUAUUUCACUGUUAUGGCUAAUGGCCUGUUCACACCAAAAACAGUAACAGCUGAUGAACGACAACACACAUUGGCAGCCAAUCAGAAUUAACUCUGCUUUAAACUGUUUGAGCAUUUAAAGAGGCAGAUGACAAAACUGCAGUGCUUGUUUUAAACAGAUUGCUAUUGCGCGUUGCUGUGGAUGCUAAUAUAAUUCUGUCAUGACAACUCUCAGAGAGUUUAGCAUGGUAAUAUAAAUGGCAAUGUUAAUGUGUUUAGUCUGCUAUGCUACUGCUGCGACAGAGAGAGAUAACAGAGACGUGCUACUGCCAAUACAUCGAAAGACGUACUGCUGUGAGAAUGGAAUACAAACAACCCCCAUAAAUAACAUACAUUAAAUAACCCCAUACAGAGCUAUACAGGUGGAGCUGGGGAAGGGGGAGGGUUUCUGAUGCGUGCUGCAACUGCUACAGCAAGCACUAGCUGAGUAUUUGAAUGUUGCAUUUAUCAUUACAGUUAACACUGUAGUUACUAUUUUUGGUGUGAAUGGGCCUUAGUUUACAGUGACAGCUUGAAAAACCAAUAUGCUAAUGAAGGUGUGGUCACAUUAGCAAACGUUCAGUGGAAAACAGGUACACUGUCCAUCGAAAAUAGAGUAGAAACAAUGUGUUUGCCAAAAAGUGUUUUCUAGCUUCUGAAAAUUUACUUUCAUCCAAAUCCUCUGUUGUUAUAUUGGGUUCUAAUAGGAAACCUUCCCCAUGCUGCUGACUAGUAAACAGAUCUGUAUUGUAUUGAGUGCACAUGCUGCAGUCGCACUGAUCAUCAGCUCUAAAUGCGCUUUAGUAAACUGAUUGGAUAUUUCUCCGUGAGCCAGCACAUUGUUCUGCAUCUACAGUGCAGUGCAACACUAUUAGCGUGCUGUCUUGAAGGAUAUCAGUAUUACGGUACGUGCAACGCAAAAAGCUACCUACCUAACUGUUACAAUUUUUACAUUUAUUUAUACGUGUUACUAUGAAAUAAAACAAGUGGCUUUUGACAAGAGAAUUACAUUCAUUUAUUUUUUUAUAAAAUUGAGGUCAUCAACAUUAUGCUACAAAAUGUGUGGAUUUAGAAUAGUACUGAACUCAGAAUAUUCCUUUUUUUUAGGGAUAUUUCACCUACAAAUGAAACUUCUGUCUUCAUUUACUCACCCUCAAGAUGUUCCGAACCCAUAUGAGUUUCUUUCUUCCAAUGAACACAAAAGAAGAGAUUUUGAAGAAUGUUGGAAACCAUUUUUUUAUGGAAGUCAAUGCGUACCAUUGACUUGAGGGUGAGUAAAUGAUGACAGGUUUUUAUUUUUGGGUGACAUAUCGCUUUAAGAAAUAUUUAAACUUUAAAACGCAUCUCUAGACCUUGCUCUUUUUUUCCACUACCCUGCAUCUCGCAUUUUUGAAAGCAAAGAUGCAUUCUGUGUCGUAGGGGUAAAGGGUUACAAUGAAUACAUUUUCCAUUGCACUUCUUUUUUGUGUGUGUGUUUCUUUAUAAACAUACGCAAACCAUACGUGUUUGACCACUGCACUCGCAUCUUGCAACUUUAGCAUUCUUUUGCAUAAAAAAAAAAACUAUGCUCAAGAUAAAAGUAAUGAAACUUUUUAAAAGACAUAACUAGGCCUUGCAUUUGUUUUCAUUUCAUCACUCUGCAUCUUGCAUUUUUAAAUGCGAAAGUGCAUUCUUAUUAAAACGGCGCUCAAGUUAAAAGUAAAAAAAAGUAAAAUUAUCAACUGCCCUGUAUCUUGUUUUUAACCGGAUUAAUGCGUUCUGUGUUUUAGGGUUAAGGGGUCGUUCACACAGAAAACGUUUUUCCAUUCCAUUGCAUUAUUUUUACAUAGUACAAGUAAAAAAAAAUACAAAUAAAAAAAGCAAACAUGUU